AUGUGGAGUGGGCUGCUCCCUCCUGGCCUAAAUGAAAGUGAUGUUGAAUUGAGUUCUGACGAUGAUACCACAUUAGAGAGCUCUGAACUUAACUCACAAGAGGGCAGAGAAGAUGGGACCUGUAAAAAGACAGAGGCCGCAGACGUUCCUCCAGACGGACCAGACGCUGAAGCAGAGGCAAAUAUAAAUGCGUAUGAAGAGUGUCCAUCUGGGAUUCCCUUAAAUAUGUGGAAUAAAUUUCAAGAAUUGCAUAAAAAGCACUCUGAACAGAAAACUUCAGCUUCUAGAUCCGAAAAGAAAAAAAGAAAACGCUCCAGAAAAGGUAAAUUGAAGAAUGAAGAAGAAUCUCAUAGUGAACAGUCUUCAAGUGAAACCCAGUGGAAGGAGCUUACCCAGUAUUUUGGAGUCAAUGAGAGGUUUGACCCACCUGUUAAAAGGAAAAAAGUUGAAAAGUCGGGACUUGAAAAGAGGAUAGACCAAGCUGUGGAAGAGUGGAACGUUGAGAAGGCCGAGGAACUCAGCAAUCAGCUAGCUACUCGAGAGCUUGGUGUAAAAAUUGCCAGAGCUAUUGCCUGCCACAACUUUGUGACAGCCAAGAAGGAGGCUGAAAAUUCACAGGUUGCACGAAAGAAGAAGAAACUUGCCUGGGGAUUUGAAGCAAAGAAGAGGUGGGAAACCAAAAGCAACAUGGGAUAUAUGUGA